AUGGAACAGAUCAUCAUGAGCCUUUGCAUUGUCCCUCACUUCAUCUAUCGUUUGAUUCUCCUUCGCCCUGUCAUGCAAACGCCACCAAAAAUGUGGUGGUUGAAGCUUUUGGUGCUUGCUGUCGUCGGGACAGUGGAGGCGGCAUCCCGAGACCAAUGGAUCAGUCGGUCGGUCUACCAAGUAGUCACCGAUCGCUUCGCUCGGUCCGAUAACUCAACCACUGCGUCUUGUGAGGCAGGAAAGGGAGACUAUUGUGGAGGGAGCUUUCAAGGCAUCAUCCAUAAGCUGGACUAUAUUCAGGAACUUGGGUUCGAUGCAGUGUGGAUCUCUCCAGUGCAAAGCCAGGAGUCGACUCGCACAGCGGAUCUCUCAGCAUACCAUGGGUAUUGGCCAAACGACUUGUAUUCCAUCAACUCACAUUUUGGAACUUCCGAUGAUCUCAAAGCGCUAUCCGCAGCGUUGCACGCGCGUGGAAUGUACUUGAUGCUAGACAUUGUCGUUGGUGACAUGGCCUGGGCUGGAAACGCUUCCACUAUUGACUACAGCACGUUCAAUCCAUUCAGUGAUCAGAAGUAUUUCCACGACUAUAAGCUACUUUCUGAGGACCCCUCGAAUGACACCUGUGUCCUGGAUUGCUGGCUAGGAGACAAAACCAUAUCGCUUCCAGAUCUGCGAAACGAGGAUCACGAAGUCCAGCAGAUUCUGGGCUCCUGGGUUUCGCAGUUGGUUUCGAACUACUCCAUUGAUGGCUUGCGAAUUGACAGUGUUUUGAACAUUGAUCCCGGCUUCUUCUCCAAUUUCAGUAAGUCAGCGGGUGUUUUCACUAUGGGUGAAGGUGCCACAAGAGACGCAUCCGGGUACUGUGAGCUGCAGCCCAGUCUAAGCGGACUUCUGAAUUAUCCCUUGUAUUAUAUCCUCUCAGAGGCCUUCAACACGACCAAAGGAGACCUGAACAGGAUCGUACAGUCUAUCAACUACAUCAGGACACAGUGCGAUGAUGUACUACCCCUGGGAACUUUCACAUCGAAUCAGGAUGUCCCUCGCUUCGGCUCAUAUACUUCAGACAUCUCACUGGCCCGCAACAUUCUCACAAUCAGCAUGCUCGCUGACGGUAUCCCCAUCCUCUACUACGGAGAAGAACAGCACCUCUCAGGCGGUUUCAACCCUAUCAACCGGGAAGCCCUAUGGCUUACCAAAUACUCGAUGAACUCGACCUCCCUACCCCUGCUUGUCCAAACGUUGAACCUCAUUCGAUCGUAUGCGAGCGGCGACGGAGAAAAGUACACGGUCUCUCCGAAGUCAGGGAGUGAUUAUCUAUCGUACCUCUCAUUGCCAAUUUACAACUCAACAAAUAUCUUGGCCAUGCGCAAAGGAUUCACCGGUAACCAGGUUGUUAGCGUUGUCUCUAACCUAGGAGCUAAGCCAGCCGCCAAAGCCACCACGAAAAUCACGCUUGGCGCUGACGGCACAGGGUUCUCAUCUGGGCAAAAUGUGACGGAGCUCUUAUCUUGCAGAACCUUUGUGACCGAUUCAAGCGGAAAUCUCAAUGUGGAUCUCAGCUCCGAUGGAGGUCCUCGGGUGUAUUAUCCUACUGAGAGCCUGAACCUAAGCACCAUUGUUUGUGGAGAUCACACGAAAACACCGACAACAACCUCAGCAAGUCCAAAACCUUCCACCGGCGCUGGAAAUUCUUUAUUGGGUCUGUCGUGGGGUAUAAGCACAUUGACAGUCAUGGCUGCAUUGACUGCGUCCUACAUCUCGGUCUAG